AUGAAGAGUCUUGCCAAUAUGAUGAGCCAGCUGCUCCAAGGACAACAGAUUCAGGGAAAAGCACUGAAUCAGGUCACAAACGACAUCAAUACCCGAAUGAAUCACAUGUUCAAUGACCUGAGUGCCAAAUAUGAUAAUGUCUCGAGCCAUAUGAGGCAGAUGGAUAUUCAGAUUGCUCAGACUGCUGAGAGUGUGAAGAGACAGCAAGGCACUCUUCCUGGAAAAACAGAUAAAAAUCCCAAGGAGUGUAAUGCAGUCGCGCUUAGGAGUGGGAAGCAGUUAACUGAUCUGGCACCCAAGAGAUUCACAACAGCUGAAAAGGGGAAGCAGAAAGAAUCAGAACAGCCACCUGUAACCGCACCAGCAGACGAGGAAGAAGCAGAGCUUCCUGUUAAACAUACUCCGACCACUACAGAGCAGCCUACUGUGGUUGUUCGCCCAGCGGCAGAACCUGUUCCCACCCGUGACUAUGUGCCAAAGGUUCCGUACCCUGUUCCUGCUAAGGCCACACGCAAGGACAAGGAGGAGAUGAAAUGUAGGAAGAUGCUGGAAGACUUAACAGUCAGACUCCCUCUCAUGAGUGCAAUCCAGAUGAUGCCAUCCAUGAGUAGCUUUGUGAAAGGACUAAUUUCUGGAAAGAUAACCGAUGACAGUGAGUUCAUGGUAGUCUCUAAAGAGUGCAGCGCUGUUCUCCAGAACAAAAGGAUCAAGAAGCUAGGUGAUCCUGGAAAAUUUGUCCUUUCCAUCCAAAUAGGGAGAACAGUCUUCUCGUGUUCGCUAGUCGAUCUGGGAUCAAGCAUCAACCUCAUGCCGUACUCUGUGGCUAAGCGCCUAGGAUUCACAGAUUUCAAACCUACCAGGAUGUCCCUAGUGUUUGCUGAUCGAUCAGUGAAAUCUCCAGUCGGAAUUAUCGAGGAUAUCCAGGUUCUGGUUGGGAACACACUUGUCCCUGCCGAUUUCGUUGUUCUGGAACUUGAGGAAGAAUCAAAGGAUCCUCUGAUCCUAGGCAGACCAUUCCUAUGCACUGUCGGAGCUAUCAUAGAUGUGCGACAGGAAAAAUCGAUCUCCACCUAG